AUGAAUAAUAGUAAAAAAGGUUUUGGUGGUGAACAUGGCGUUGAUGAUCGUGCAAAAGAUGAAUCUGCAGUGGGUUUUGAUUAUAAAGCAACAGUUGAAAAACAUUCAUCACAAACAGAUGCUUCGAAAGGUUUUGGUGGAAAGUAUGGUGUCGAACAAAAUGCACAAGAUAAAUCAGCCGUUGGAUUCUCUCAUAAAGAAACACUAAUAAAACAUUCUUCACAAACAGACUAUACUGCAGGGUUUGGUGGUAAAUAUGGUGUUCAAAAAGAAGCACCUACAAGCCCUCGUGUUGCUCCGUCUUCUCCACAACCACCUGCUGAAUCAAAAGUUAUCGAAAAACCUGCAAUAAUUACAAGUAGUAAAGCAGAUGUUGGUAAUAUUCGUGCAAGAUUUGAAAAUAUGAAAAAAGAACAAGAAUCAGAAACUGCAAAGCGCAUUGCUGAAGCAAGAAAAAAUCGAACUGCUACUGAUCAACAGCAACAGAAACAACAAUCGAAUAAUGAUGAUCAAGAAAAAAUAAAACAACAAGAAACAGUUUUAACAACGAAAGAAACUAUUAGAGAGCCAUCACCAGCUCGACCAAGGACACCAACAGAAACGACUCAAGAACCAUCAUUAGCUCGACCAAAGACACCAACGGCACCCGAAAUAUCAACUCCAAAUCAGGAUGAAAAUGAUGAUGAUAACAUUGAAACUGUAACAUCAACAACAACUGAAGAGAACAAAGAAAAACCAAAUCAAUUUGUUGGUGGUAUUAAUGUGACAUCUUUAUUACGUCUACGUAAGACUUCAUCUUCAUCAUCAAAAAAAGAUGAGGAGGAGGAGGAGGAGAAUGAGUGGGCUAUUGAUAAAGAUGAAACAAAUCAACAAUCAAGUGAAAAAACAAGUCCAUCGGCAAGGUCAACUGACGAAUGGAUUGAGUAA